AUGUGUGGAGGAAAGGGAAACAACUUCUCCGGUGGCCAGAAACAGCGACUAGCAAUUGCGCGGGCCCUUCUGAGACGGCCCAGUGUCUUGUUACUAGAUGAAGUCACUUCGGCGCUGGAUUCGGAAUCCCAAAGUGUCGUCCAGGCUGCGCCUAGACCAAGCCGCAAAGCAGCGGACGACAGUUGCAAUUGCCCAUCGCUUGAGUGCUGUCCAGAAUGCGGACCUCAUCUGCUUCCUAGAGGACGGUGUAAUCGUUGA